UUUUAAAAUGUAAUACUAAUAAAAAAUAAUAAUAAUUUAAUAUUUUAACUUUUAACGUCGUUAUUAUUGUUCGUUUCCGAUUCCGUGCGUAUACUUAGUUAUUUACGCGAAUAAAAAAGUAAGAAAAUGUAAAUUAUAUUUGGUCAUUAUAGCAAACUGUGUGUAGCGUGUAUAAAAUACCUACCAUUCUCCAAUAUAUAUAUUUUUUUAAACAAUUUUGGUUUUCACGAAAAACUACAUCCACCAUGAGUAACAACCGCACAUCGCUUAAAGAAAAAGAUCCAGUAGUGUUGAGUUAUGAGAAUUUUCUACUACACGAAUCCGAUGUUCGUCUGCUCAUCGACGACCAAUGGCUAAAUGAUUCUGUCAUAGGUUUCUACAUGGAAUACCUGAAUACCGAAGUGUUUAAGAACAAUUCCAAGGUGUAUUUCAUUAGCCCCGAAAUUGUACAAUGCAUAAAGGAGUGCAAUGUAGAUGACAUUGCUGUAUUUCUUGAUCCACUAGUCAAAGACAAAAACUAUUCAUACAUUUUCUUCCCGCUAAACGAUCAGGAACAAUUGCAAACUGUCGGUGGUACGCAUUGGUCACUGGUAGUGUAUGGGGCCCAAGACAAACGUCUCUUUCACAUGGAUUCAAUAUUUGAUUCCAAUGAAAAACAAGCAAGAAAAUUAGCAUUAAAGCUGAAAUUUUAUUUUAAAGACAUUGUAGACAUCAUCACUCCAUUGGCUACUAGACAGCAACACAAUAGUUAUGACUGUGGAAUACACCUGAUAUGCAACGCAGAAAAUGUUGCACAAUAUGUCUGCGCAAAUUUAGACAUACGUGAAGUAGAUCCAGUGGAUGUCGACGAUCUGCAAAAUAAACGUACCAGUUUAGUUGAUUUGAUUUAUAAAUUAGCAAAAAGAAAUGAAAUUAUUUAAGGAUUUGGACCGUGUUAAAAUAUUAUUUUUAUUAA